CAGUUAUUUUCUUUACCAAAAAAUUGUUUCCUGGAGUUCACUACAGCUUUCCGUAGGGGAAUCUAAAUUUCUCUUGGCUCUCGACAAGUAAACUUUGUGAGCAACAUGUUCGAGGCGCGGAUUACCCAAGGAAGUGUGCUGAAGAAGCUCGUGGAGGCGCUAAAGGAGCUGGUGACCGAGGGCAACUUCGAUGUUAGCAACACAGGGCUUUCCCUACAGGCGAUGGAUUCGUCUCAUGUUUGUCUUGUAUCGCUUACGCUGCGCGAAGACGGAUUCGAUCAUUUCCGUUGCGAUCGGAACAUGGCUAUGGGUAUUCAUUUCGGGAAUUUGUCAAAGAUCCUGAAGUGUGCAGGAAAUGAGGACACCAUUACACUUAAAGCAGAGGAUAAUGCGGACCAGCUAACCCUGAUGUUUGAGGCACCCAGCCAGGAUCGCAUCUCGGACUUCGACCUCAAGUUGAUGUCCAUCGAGUCCGAGCACUUGGGGAUUCCUGACCAGGAUUAUUCUGCGGAGGUUAAACUGCCCUCCUCAGAGUAUCAGCGAAUUGUCCGUGACCUCACCAGUAUUGGUGACACGGUUCUCAUCUCGGCCACAAAGGAGGGAAUUAAGUUCUCCACUUCUGGUGACGUCGGCACAGCGAACAUCACGCUCCGGCAUAACACCACGCCGGAGAAGCCCGAGGAGCAGACGUUCAUUGACCUGAAGGAGCCUGUCGCGUUGACGUUUGCCCUCCGGUACCUAAACAACUUCAGCAAGGCUACACCAUUGGCACCGCAGGUCAAACUAAGCCUAACGAAGGACCUUCCCAUAGUUGUGGAGUACCAGGUCGGCGAGUUAGGCAGUGUUCGCUUCUACUUGGCACCAAAGAUCGAUGAUGAGGAUAACAUGGGAUCUGAUGAGGCUCAGUCUUAACACAACAUGGUUGUGUCGAGUUGUAGCUUCCGAGGGUUGUAGAGCUGUCAGGAUGCGGCGGCGGGUCGGGCAGAGAAUUGCGGAUGGGAAAGAUUCGGAUGGGGAUAUGGGAUGGGGUAGGUGAGAAGAUGCAUCGGGGGGUCGGGGUAGGAUGAACCCAGGGUGGGGUUCAGGAUAUAUCGGGGGGGUUCGCUGUGGCUAUGGCGCCCUAAUCGUUCAACCUUGGACCCUUAUCCCAGCAUGGGUUUGCGCGAUUGUGGUUUAAGGUGUGAUUUUCGGGGGUUGCCAGCAGAUUGCCUGUCAAAACGCCUUGAUUGCGGUGUUUGGGGUCCAGGCCUGCUAUUUGCAUGCGUCUUAUUGGUUCAUUGUUUUUCCAUAUUGGCUGUACAUCACCUGAACACAUUAAAUGUGACCUCAAACACAUUUGAGGCAGGAGUCUGUGAGCACGCUUGGGUUUCCCCGUCUCUUGUUACUUGUGAAACCGCGUCCUGGCACGCAUGCCAUGCUGACAGGAUGAAAGAUGAGCGUGAAUGUAAGAAGUUUUAAGCGUCUGUUAUGGAGGUGUCAAUUGUGCCUCUUGCCCCUCCACGGACUUAGGCCACGGUUACUUCAUGCGGUUGUACAGCAGGGGCUGGAGGCAAUUGACAUUUUCACGACAAAUGCGUUCAUUUACAUCCAAUUGAGUGUCUGUGGAUUCAGUGUUGUGCUUUUAUUUAAUCGGCAACGAACGUUGGACUUGACCCUGAACGUUUUCAACUCAAGGUUUAUGCCUGUUUUAUCUAUUUGUGAACUUUUCCUUUUCAAGUUUGGCUUAAUCAGAUUGUAAUGAAUAAUAUUCAUGGUGCCUGAAGGACUCUUCUUUCCCUACCAAUGCUACUUGAAUUGUCAGCUCUGGGACAGCAACAGGACCUGAAGAGUUUAUGUAUCUGUCCUCGAGACGAAUGCACACUGGGGCAAAGAGAUCAUGGCUUGUCUCAUUAUCAGAGUCACGGACCUUGCUUGGAUUGCCAUCUCAUGAGACGCCACGCCAUGUCGGCUCCAGCUGGCUGACAGUUGUUGCUCUUUGUGGAAUGGUUGCCGUUAUUUGCUCUAUCGACCGUACAGCGAUGAGUGUCGCCGUUCUCCCCAUGGGAAUCAGGUACGGUUGGAGCGACACCGUUAAAGGCGCUGUCAGCAGUGCAUUCAACCUCGGCCACACUCUGACAAACUUCUAUGGCGGCAUUCUCGCUGCUUCCUACUCUCCAAAAGCUGUACUCAGCAUUGGUGUCGUGGUAUGGAGCACCUUCACCCUUCUCACUCCACCUGCAGCAGCCUUGGGUCUUGGGCCCCUCUUCAUCGUGCGUGUGUGUAUGGGCCUGGGG